UUGACUUUUGGGUUAGUGAGAAUGGAAUCCCAUUGUCAAUAGUUAGUGAUAGAGAUAGUCGUUUCACCAGCCAGAACUGGCAAGAACUCAUGAGACUCUACGGAUCUAAGUUGUUAAUAUCGUCCGGCCGUCACCCAGAGACUAACGGUCAGACAGAACAGAUGAACAAGAUCCUACAGCAAGUUUUGCGCAUGUAUAUUAGACCAGAUCAGAUCAACUGGGAUGAGAUGUUGCCCAAGGUCGCUAGUGCGUACAACAACAGCGUGCAUCUAUCCACCUGCCGCACUCCCAAUGAGUUGCACAAGUCCUUUAGACCGCACAGACCGUUCGAAGGACUGAACCGGGAUCAUAUUCACAGAUUACCGCCCGGUACCAGGGAGUUUGCAAUAGAGCACGAAAAGGAGUUAGCCACUGUUGUUGAGAACCUUCGGAAGGCCCAGCACAGAAUGAUACAACAGGCUAACAAGCACCGACGCCCAUCGCAGUUUCAAGUAGGCGACUUAGUCUGGGUCAAAGCAAAAGAGUUUGCACCGGAAGAAAACAUCUCGCAGAAAUUACUGCCUGCAUAUAGAGGACCAUGGCCGGUUCUAGAAGUCAAGGGCGGAGAGGACGGACCAUCCUACAGCAUUGAGAUUCCAGCACACCUCCACACAUACCCUGUGUUCCAUGCUUCAAAGCUGCUGCCAUGUGUCACUAGUCAACAGUUCCCUUCCAGGAGAUCCAUGAUCCCACCGGAUAUGGAUGGGAGCUAUGACAUAGAGGGCAUCGUAGAAGAGGAUGUGUUUAGGACAGGAGGUAGAGGUCGUCCCCAGAAACAGUAUAAAGUCCGGUUUGCCUAUCAGGAACCGGAAGACGACCGCUGGUUCACAAAAGUAGAACUUCUAGAGACUGCUCCCGACAUAGUCAGAGCCUAUGAGCGUGACAAGAAAGGCCCUUUAGCGCCGCUAGCCGAUUUGCCGUCACGACCUCAUUCACCUGUCGGGCAAUGCAGCGCACCCACUGCCACACCUGAGCUUGCAGCCACACUUAUGGCGAGAGGUGCGCCCCCUUCUCAGGUUGCGUUAGACGGUCCACUCCCGCCUGCACCCGCAUUUUCGGAGUCCAACGAGGAGGAGAACGUUGAGAAGCGGCCUUUGACCAGGGCGCGCAGAGUUUCUCGUCACCUGAGGUUAGACUUGCCAUCACCAGGGAUAUUGGAGCAGAGCAGGGACGCGGGAGGACAUGGGAGUAUGGGCGUCGGUGGCGAUGACGUCGUUGGAGAGGAUCCCCCCACUGGUGGCCCGGAGGGGAGCAUGCCUUCGCAUGCACAGGAUUUACUUCACGACAUGGUUGAGCUCUUCAUAGAGGCAUUACACCUAAGGGAUACCCGGACGACCAGUGAGCGCUUCCCGAUGGGGGCUAAGGAUUUACAGGGCGAGUAUGAUCAGAGUAUGGCGAUGGACGACUCGAGGACACGGGAGAUAGAGCGGCAGAUGGACGAGCAGCGACGCAAGGAGAUUGGAUCCAAUCCUUCAGUUAUGGUAGGAUGCGAUGGAGAGGAUGAGAUUACAUUGAGCGUGGCGGGACACGAGGCGGAGGGUGGCGGCACAGGCAUGGCAGAGGAUCGACCAUGUGAUGCGCCUACACCCACCAGGGAGGAGGACCCACAAACGCCACAUCGUCCGUUUUUCAAGGUUGGCUAUGGUUGUCGCGGCGAGGUCGCUCUCUCUAAACCCUCGACCCUCCACGUUGCCUGGGGACUCAUGAGACGUGGGGAUGCCCACUGUGCAGCCCCUUGCUAUUUAGGAUCGGGCAUGGCGGUGCAUGUUCCUUUGGCUCCGCAGGCGACUGACCAUCCUUUCGUUGUUGACGAGCUUGCAGCAUCCGACGUGCACGAUGUCAUUGGACUGGACAACCAUGUAUUGUAAGGACCUGCCGAGCACAACCUUUGCAUGUUCCCUGGCAGCAAAUUCCAUCAGUUCCAUGGGGCCCCGCGUCACCAGUGUCGCCCACUCCUUUGCGAUCAGCAUCCACAGGUGGAGCUCAUAGCGUACUUAGCGACAGAGCCACAAGA